UCUAUGGUUUAUGAUUGGUUUUCAGGUUAUGUAUAUUUUAAAAUCAAUGAAUUAUUUUUUUAUUUUCCGAUCUUAAACUCUGGAGUAAAUUAUAUAAUUACGUUCUAUUUAAUAUGAUGUGAAAUAGAGGUACCUACGAAUGAAGGAAAAAUGAGUGCCCGGUGUGAUAAUGUAAACAUGUAAACAGUUUUAUAUCAGUAACAAUUUCUUUAGCAAUAUAGAAGUUAAUAAAUAAUAACAAUGAGUAACAGGGGCUUAUCAAAGAAGGAGCUAGAAGAGCUCCGUAAGAAAGAAGAAGAAGAAGCUGCUGCACACGUAUUUAAAGAGUUUGUGGAGACAUUCCAAGAGGUUCCCAGUAGCACUUCUAAAGUUUGGGUGAAGGCAGGCACUUAUGAUGCUGGGGCUAGAAAGGAAGACACGUCAGAGAGAGGCAAGCUAUACAAGCCGAUCUCGCGUUUGGACGAGAAGCGCAGCACGACCGAAGCGGAGGUGAUGCGCAGCCUGGUGCAGCGCAGCGAGCCCGCGCGCCUGCGCAACAAGAAGAGCGGCGAUAAGAAGAAAAGCAACUUGGAGCUGUUUAAAGAAGAACUGAGACAGAUACAAGAAGAACGUUCAGAGCGUCACAAGUACAAGAAUGUGCUGCGCGACCGCGGCGUGGCGGGGCCCGUGGAGCCCGUGCUGGACAUGCUGCCUGACGUGGGCUCCUACGACACCGGCGACCCCAACACCACCAACCUCUACCUGGGCAACUUGAACCCCAAGAUAACGGAACAGCAGCUGAUGGAGAUCUUCGGGCGGUACGGUCCGCUGGCCAGCAUCAAGAUCAUGUGGCCGCGCUCGGACGAGGAGAAGGCGCGCGGCCGCAACUGCGGGUUUGUGGCCUUCAUGUCGAGGAAAGAUGGGGAAAGGGCGCUAAGGUGUAUGAAUGGUAAAGAGAUAAUGAGCUACGAGAUGAAACUAGGAUGGGGCAAAGCACUAGUCAUACCACCCGUGCCCAUCUACAUACCCCCCGCCUUACAGCAACCCUGCAAACCGCCGCCUCCUUCUGGUCUACCGUUCAACGCACAACCGCCCAAACAUCUCGCUAAUAAGAUACCAAGAAUUAGGCCCGGAGAGUACUUCCCGAGCGAUACAGAAGACAAACAGGUUUAUGACCAGAUAUUAUCGCAAUCCAUAGUCAGAGUUGUCAUACCAACCGAGAGGAAUAUCCUAAUGCUGAUCCACCGCAUGGUGGAGUUCGUGAUCCGCGAGGGGCCGAUGUUCGAAGCCAUCAUAAUGAACAAGGAGAUGAACAACCCCUUCUUCCGGUUCCUGUUCGAGAACCAGUCCGCUGCGCAUAUAUACUACCGGUGGAAACUGUACUCCAUGCUACAGGGGGAUUCGCCCAAACAGUGGUCGUUGGAAGACUUUAGAAUGUUUAAAGGUGGGUCUGUAUGGCGGCCGCCGGUAAUGAAUCUGUACACGGCGGGCAUGCCGGACGAGCUGGUGGAGGAAGACGACGCCAAAGACAAUAUACGAGGGACCCUCUCUAUAAAUCAGCGAGACCGCCUCGAAGAAAUCAUCCGGUCUCUUCAACCGUCCCGCCGCAGCGUGGGUGAGGCUAUGGCGUGGUGCCUCGAGCACGCCGAGGCAGCGGGCGAGGUGGCCGCGUGCCUCGCCGAGGCGCUGGCGCAGCCCUCCACCGCGCCGCCUCGCCGGAUCGCGCGCUUGUAUUUGCUGUCAGACAUCUUGCAUAACGCGGGCGCUAAGCUAACCAAUGCCAGCGCGUACCGGAGCGCAUUCCAAUCCCGCCUUGUGGAGAUAAUGCGCAACUCCCACCUCGCGUGGUCUAACAUGACGUCGCGCAUGCAGCAGGAAGGGUUCCGCGCGCGCGUCACGCGCAUCCUGCAGGCGUGGGCCGACUGGGCCGUGUACCCCACCGACUUCCUGCUGCAUAUCAACGACGUGUUCCUUGGACAGGAGAAGGAGGGCGAGCCCUGCAUGUCGGGCGCGCAGGGCGAGGCGGAGUCGGGCGACGGCGGCGCGUCUCCGGCCGGUUCCACGGCGUCGGGCGGCUCCGGCGGCUCGGGCCCGCUGGACGGCGCGGCGCUGCGCCGCCUGGCCGAGCAGCGCCCCGCCCACCUCGCCGUGCAUGACGUCAGCGAUAUCGACGGAAUACCCAUGGACGAGGACAUCGACGGCGUGCCGCUGGAGGGCGAGGCGGAGGGUGAGGCGGAUGGCGGCGAGCGCAGCGUGGCGGGCUUCGUGCCGUCGCGCUGGGAGAGCGUGGAGCCCGCGCCGCCCGCCGCCGCCGCGCCGCGCGACCCCACGCCGCCGCCGCCGCCCGAAGGUGUGGUGGAGUCCCCGCGCAGUCGCAACGCCGAGGCGACGUUACGGCGGGAGACGUUACGCGACAUCGAGGUGCGCGUGCUGAAGUACGCGGACGAGCUGGAGGCGGGCGCGCGCGCACUGCGGCCCGGCCUCGCCGCGCACGCGCAGAUACAGCACUACCGGCGGAAGCUUAUCAAGAAGGCUCUCCGCGAGGCGAAGGAGGCGGAGGAAGCGGCGUCGCCCCCUGCGGUAGAGGAGGACUCGUUUUCUGUGACGUCGAAGAAGUCCAAGAAGUCCCGCGAGCCCACGCUGUCGCCGCCUCCCAAGCGCUCGAGACACGCAGACCGCAAAUCAAGAUCUCGGUCAAGAUCGCGGGAGAGGGAGAGGGAACGCGAACGGGAAAGGGAGAGAGACAGAGAACGCGAGCGAGAAAGAGACAGGGAGCGCGAAAGAGAAAGGGAUAGGGAACGUGAGCGCGAGAGGGAAAGGGACAGAGAUAGAGACAGGCGGAGAAGAUCCCCUGCCACGCCUCCGCAUCACAGAAAACAUGCGAAGCACGCCAAAUAUAAGUACUGAUUAUAUUCUGUAGCUUUUAAGUAUGUAUAAUAAAAUGUAAGGACAUA